AUGGGCUCUUGCACUUCCAAAGAGCAUCCCACCGCAGAAGGCACCACGCUAAGUACUACGCUGAGUAAGCGAGCCCAACAAAAUACCCACCUCAAAUCUCAGACCCCCAAGCAUGACUCGGUCAAUGGCACUAAAUCUAAAGCUUCAGCCAAUGGCUCAAAUGCGGUCGCUGGAACACAUAAAGAUGCCGAAUCGUCGAGUAAUCUAGAGCAAAAUGGGACAACAAACGGUAAUAGUUUGCAGGCAAACAACUCCAGUUUGGUUCAGACAAAUGAAAAAGACGUGAAGAUCCUUUUGUUAGGCUCUGGCGAGAGUGGGAAAUCCACGAUAGUCAAGCAAAUGAAAAUCAUUCAUAAAGACGGGUUCUCUGACGCAGAGGCAUACGACUACAGACCUUUCGUAUACAAAAAUGUGAUGGAUUGUAUCAAAAACAUCAUAAACGCCAUUAUUGACUUGGCUCCAGAAUUUGUCGCCCCCGAGGGUUCCCGCCCGUCGGCCGACACGACCCAGGAGAAGACUCCAUUCUUGGCACACGAAGAUUUACAAGCCAUUUUGGACUAUGAGAACUCAAUAAACGCCGAAGAGCCCUUCAAGCCUGACAUUGCAUCAAAAAUAGCCACCAUCUAUUCCUCUCAGCGAGUUCGUGAUUUCAUAAAACACAACCAGGCAAAGUUUUAUCUCAUAGACUCUUCCGACUACUUCUUGUCGGCAAUGGACCGCAUUUCUGAGGCAGACUACGUUCCUUCCCAGGCGGACAUAUUGAGAACAAGAAAGAAGACAUCUGGAAUAUUCGACUUUCGCUUCCAGAUGGGGAACUCAAACAUCCACAUGUUCGAUGUCGGAGGACAGAGAUCUGAGCGGAAGAAGUGGAUUCACUGUUUCGAUAAUGUAACCUUGAUCAUAUUCUGCGUUGCCCUUUCGGAGUACGACCAGGUUUUGCUCGAAGAAAGUUCUCAAAACCGGCUAGAGGAGUCGCUCACUUUGUUUGACUCCGUGGUUAACUCUCGUUGGUUCUCUAGAACAUCUGUUGUCUUAUUUUUGAACAAAAUCGAUGUUUUCGCUAACAAGCUACCCAAUUCGCCACUCGAAAACCACUUUCCGGACUACAAUGGUGGAGACAAUCUCAAUAAAGCUGUGAAGUACAUUUUGUGGCGUUUCACUCAGGUGAACAGACCUGGGUUAAAUAUUUAUCCUCAUGUCACCCAAGCGACUGACACUUCGAACAUUCAAUUGGUAUUCACUGCGCUCAAAGAGACAAUUCUCGAGAAUUCCUUGAGAGACAGCGGAAUUUUAUAA